UUCCAGGAUGGCGGUGGGAAGCUCAGAGGAGACAACAAAGUAUUUUCAGCCACAACAACAGUUACUGUCAAUGUGGAGGAUGUUCAGGACACUCCUCCCAUGUUCAUCGGGACUCCCUACUAUGGAUAUGUCUAUGAGGAUACACUCGCGGGCUCUGAGGUCCUUACUGUUGUUGCUCUUGAUGGAGACAGAGGAAAACCUAACAGUAUUCAUUACUGCAUUGUGAACGGAAGUGAAGGUUCAUUUGAAAUUGGCAACACAACUGGAGCCAUUUCUGUUAUAAAAAGCCCAAAUCAGCUCAAGAAAGAAGUAUAUGAACUAAAAGUUCAGGCAUCAGAAGUCAGUCAGGAAGGUGACGUCUCAGUGCACGCUUUUGCCAUGGUGACUAUACGGGUGGUCGACCUCAACAACCAUCCACCAACAUUCUAUGGAGAAAAUGGUCCCCAGAACAGGUUCGAACUGACCAUGUACGAGCAUCCCCCAGAGGGUGAAAUCUUGAGAGGGCUGAAGAUUACAGUCAAUGAUUCAGAUCAGGGAGCCAAUGCUAAAUUCAACCUCCGUCUUGUUGGACCUGGUGGCAUCUUUCGAGUGGUUCCCCAAACUGUCCUGAAUGAGGCUCAGGUUACAGUAAUAGUGGAAAAUUCUGCUGCUAUUGACUAUGAAAAAUUCAAGGUGUUAACCUUCAAGCUUCUUGCAAUAGAGAUGAACACACCAGAGAAAUUCAGCUCCACAGCUGACUUAGUGAUACGUUUGCUGGAUACCAAUGACAAUGUCCCGAAGUUCUCCUCCGACUACUACAUUGCCAGGAUCCCCGAGAACUCCCCAGGAGGCUCAAAUGUAGUUGCUGUUACAGCUACAGAUCCAGAUUCAGGACUUUGGGGAGAAGUCAAGUACUCUAUCUAUGGAACAGGAGCAGAUCUGUUCCUAAUCCACCCAUCAACAGGUAUAAUUUACACCCAGCCCUGGGCUGUAUUAGAUGCUGAAGUGAACUCAAAGUAUAAUUUCUAUGUGAAGGCAGAGGACACAGAUGGGAAAUAUAGCUUGGCUGAAGUGUUCAUCACCGUGCUAGAUGUCAAUGACCACUCUCCAGAGUUCAAUGAAAACAUCCAGGAAAAGACGAUGAUCAUUGGGUCACCGGUGAAGAUAGAGGCUAUAGAUCAAGAUGCAGAAGAACCCAACAACAUCGUGGAUUAUUCCAUCAUGCAAGCAGAUCCAGCCAAUGUGUUUGACAUAGACCAAAGCACUGGGGAAAUCAAGCUGAAAUCCUAUAUCCGCUCCCUGGACAUUAUCCACAACAUCACAAAGAAAAAAGACUGCAUAUGGUCAGUGGUGGUGCAGGCCAAAGACCGAGGCUCCCCAUCCUUCAGUACCACGGCAGUUCUGAAGAUUGAUAUCACAGAGGAGACUCUUCACAAAGGGCCUAUGGCCGCCUUUUUGAUGCAAACUAAAGAUAACCCUAUGAAAGCCUUAGGAGUGCUAGCUGGUGUCAUGGGCAUAAUGGUGCUGAUAACUAUCAUGAUCUCUACUGCCAUGUUCUGGCGCAACAAGCGGUCCAACAAAAUCAUGCCGGUAAGAAGGAUUAUAAAAAAGAGACAGACCCCGCAGUCCCGGACCAUCAGGAUGGAGUGGCUGAAGUUCAAGAGGCCUAGCAGUGCUGCAGAGAAGUUUGUCGUUGAGGAUGAUGCCAAGAGCUUACACAACGAGAACAGCAACAACAACAUCCAGGUUGCCCCUGUGCCGCCCACCGCCCCC